AUGCUUCUUUCGUGGGCAAAACAUACCGAUAGAAAAGGAUCAACGGUUAGAGUUGUGUUAUUUGACGAUAACAGAGCUUUUGAUUUGAUUAAUCAAGUAAUCCCUGCUACGAAACUGACGUCUCUGGUCAUCACACAUAUGUAUCCCACAUGAUUGUCGACUUUCUUAAAACCGUAAACAGAGGGUCAAUUUCUAGCGACAUUAUUGGUCAGAACGGAAUGAUAAAGGCCGGCCAGAGUUCCACGGGGGAACUAAACUGGGUCCGUGGUUAUUCAUUCUCAAAAUAGAUGAUGUAAGUGUCAACAACAUGGAUCUCUGGAAAUAUGUAGACGAUACUACGCUCGCCGAACCUGUCGACGACUCAAAGAGAGAAAAUGCAAAGUGAAACGCGGAUAUCGUUUGCUAGCACCCAUCGCACCUUUUCCGCCAGUGAUUAUCAAUGA